AUGCAAUAUGCACCAAAUCGGUAGCCGGCGAUGGCUGUUCAUCAUCCAAGUACUCCUCCUCAACCUUCCAGGCGUCUGGAACGGCUUCGCCUGCUUGAAAAACCCUUGUAUACACGGAGUGUGCUUGGACGAUUUGAAUUCCAGUUAUUUUUGUUACUGCAUCGAUGGAUACACCGGAAUACAGUGCCAGACCAACUGGAACGAGUGCUGGUCGUCGCCUUGUCAAAACGGAGGGAUCUGCAUCGAUGGGAUUGCGAUGUUUAAUUGUUCUUGUCCUCUUGGAUAUACGGGAUCGCUUUGCGAACAGGACAUCAAUGAAUGCGAGAGCAACCCAUGCCAAAACAACGGAACCUGUUUAGACGCGCAAAAUGGCUACACAUGCAACUGCCUACCGGGCUACUCAGGGGACCAUUGCGAGAUAGACAUAGCGGUCUGUAACGCUACAAAUGAGACUCGAUGCGCAAACGGAGGCAUUUGCGAAGAAGGCCCUGGAGAGACGUUCACUUGUCGAUGUCAGUUAGGAUGGGGAGGAUUACUAUGUGAAUCUGAGAUAGACGAAUGCGCCUCUGCGCCUUGUCAAAAUGGCGGAGUCUGCAUAGACCAUCUAGCGGACUACGCGUGCGCUUGUCUUUUUGGUUAUGCUGGAAGAAACUGUGAAGAAGUAAUGCAGAUAUGUGACAAUAGUCCAUGUAAAAAUGGAGCUUUAUGUAUACUGGAAGAUGGUCAUUCUGUCUGUUACUGCGUACCAGAUUUCCACGGAGAUCUAUGCCAAUAUCAGUACGAUGAGUGCCAACUGGGCCCAAGGUGUAUGAAUGGAGGAAGUUGCAUCGACGGUAUUGACAACUUUACAUGCUCAUGUCCUCCACACUUAACGGGAGUGCUCUGCGAAUGCCUUAUACUGCCUGACAAAACCUUAGACUGUACUUACAUACGUCCCACUGCCCGUCCAACAACUGUAGCAUACGAUAAUAUGACAAUAUCAUCUAUAAGUAUUUCUUUAACUCCUACAACUGAAGUGCCAACUAGUGAAAUUUUAACUGAAUCUACUUUUACAACGGCUGUUUUUCCAAAUACUACUUUGUCUACUACUGAACUUUCUACGUCGAUUUUUGAGACCAAUUUUAGUACAAUUUUAUCUCCUACAAACUAUUUUACUACCAGUAUUUCUACUACUGAAUAUGGCAGUACUACUAUUGAAUAUAUCAGUACGACUGGUUCGUCCACUAGUAUGGAACCGUCAUACGAAAGUAGCACUGACUUAUCUACAACAGAUCGCGGUGUAUAUUCUACAGAAUUCCGUUAUGAAUCGUCAACAUCAUACUAUCCAAAUCAAUCUUCUACUAUUUCUGAACUCCCUAGUACUUUAUCUAUAGAGGUCAGUAGUGCUCCGAUGCUCUCAACGUUUGAACCAACCGAUUUUACUACACUUACUGACGAAACUAGCACUUGGAGUACUACCUUUAUCGAUAAAGCUAGUAACAGAACGUUCCCUGGUGAUGGUACUACAUUAUUAUCAACAUUUCUUACUACGGAACCAACGACAGUUACUGACGGUAGUAUUACGUCAACUGAAUCAAGUACUGUAUCGGAGUUGUUAGAUAGUAGUACUUCUAGUACUACUGAAGAAAGCAGUACAGCUGCAAGUAUUGAUUGUACGAAUCUUGAAACUAGAUGCUUGAAUGGCGGUACUUGUAUAUUCAUUGAAGAAGCACAUAAAUGCCUGUGUCCUUUUGACUACGAAGGUCUUGUCUGCGAGAUAAAACUAGGAGUCCGCAAAGCAGCGUUUGGUGGCAAUUCCUAUCUAUCCCAUCGUUUACAUGUAUCUUCCUAUCACCUAUCGGUGGAAUUCGAAACUAAAACCAUGGCUUCGGAUGGAAUGCUGUUUUUUUCUAAUAUUGAUUCGCAAUAUAUGGCUCUGUACAUGGAAAAUGGAUUUCUGAAGUUCAAAUUUUCUUGCGGUUACCAAACCAUGUUACUGAGCGAGUUGAAAAUACCAGUAAACAACGGAUUUACAAUGAAUAUCAAAGCCGGGUUAGAUUUUGAUAAGGAUUUUAAACACUGCAAUGCUUCAAUAAAAGUAAACGAUAGUUUAUCAAUGAGAGGUGACCAAACAGCGAAAAUCGAUAAAUUCACCAAACCAUCAGCUUGGUUACACCUCGGUGGUCUUCCAGAGCACUUAAUCCACGAAGUUGGUAUUCCUGUGGCAGGCUUUAUAGGCUGCAUGUCAAAUUUAAAGAUUGGGAAACAAAAAAUCAAAAUUUACGAUGACGUUUCUGAAUGCUCUUCUUUGGCUUGCUUGUCCAGUCCUUGUAAAAAUGGAGCAUCUUGUACUUCUGUUGGCGAUGUAUGGCAGUGUCAUUGCAGAAAUGGAUAUUUGGGAAAAUCUUGUGAAAUAUCAAUUUGCGAUAACAAUCCUUGUCUAUAUGGAGGAACUUGCAUCCCGUUUACUAAUAGUGGAUAUAUAUGCCUUUGUCCAUAUGGAAAACAUGGUCAUUUUUGCGAAAACGAUCUAAAGGUGAUUCAACCUUAUUUCUCAUCAUCUGUCAAUGGUCUGUCGUCCUUUGUAGCCUAUCCAUUCCCAGUUGGUAUUUCGAAAACAAUGGAAAUCAAAUUCAGAUUCACCCCCACUACUUUGGAACAAAUUUCCUUACUGCUUUUUAUUGGACAAGCUGGACAUCAUGAUUACUAUUCAGAUCAUGUAGCAGUCAGCUUCGUUAGGGGAUAUAUCAUGCUAACCUGGAAUCUGGGAUCAGGACCAAGAAGAAUUUUUACUUCACAACCAAUAAAACCAGGAGCUAAAGAUUAUCUAGUAAGAUUGGGACACACUGGUCGAAGAGCAUGGCUUUACGUGGAACAUUUGGGUAACGUCACCGGUAGAUCUCCUGGUAAUCUGAUUCAGUUAGACGUGGUUCCUCUGCUUUAUAUUGGCGGUUAUGAUGUAAAGAACUUCUCCACACUUCCACAUGAUCUUCCACUACAUACAGGCUUCUCAGGUUGUAUUUAUGAUUUGGAAAUGAAAUCUGGAAGCGUAAUUAUCCCAUUUCAAGGAUCUAUGAAGGCUUUUGGACGUGCUGUGGGACAAUGUGGCACCAGCGAAUGCUACGAACGGAGCUGUCAAAAUAAUGGGGCUUGUUUGCAUCAUGGUAGUACUUUCAUGUGUCUUUGCCAAGACGACUGGUUUGGUCCAUUAUGUUCUUCGAGACAUAAUUUGUGUGAUAGUAAUUGCACAAAAUGUUCAGAAAAUGCAAGAUGUGUUCCUUUACUGUCACAUUCUGAAUGCGACUGUCCUUUGGGAAAAACGGGAGAACACUGCGAAAAGGAUGAAAUAGUAACUGACGUGAGUUUGACUGGUAUUAGAUCUUACAUAACACUAAACUCGAUAGAAAUAGAGGGAACAAAGUUUCAAAUUCAAUUCGAAAUGAGGAUCUUAAGCGAUCAAGGUAUAAUUCUGUUUAUGGGCAAGAAGGAUCUUAGAUAUCUAUGUCUUUCUUUGCAAAAUGGUUUACUGGAAGUCAAAGUUCAGUCAGGCAGUAGUAAAAUCACCUCUUCAAGCCUGGUAGUCAGAAGUUCAAAACUCUUGGUAAAAGCACUAUGGCAUAAAGUUCAAUUCGGUAGAUACGGCAAGAAAGUAUAUCUUUCAGUCGAUAAUAUAACCAAUACUGGCCAAAUCGAUAUGAGCCAUACACUGAGUUCAAAUAAAGAGACAAUCCACCUCGGAGGCCUUCCAGAUAUGUCCAAUCUUCCCCUAUUCGCAGCAGCUGGUUUACCAGUACAUUUUAAAGGCUGCAUUCGACGGUUCAUUGUUAACGAUCUAGCUGUACCUUUAACAACCGAAAAUAUAGAAAAAUCGAGAAACGUACAAGACUGCGAUGGAACUCCGUGCGGAGGUGACAGCUGUCAAAAUGGCGGAACCUGCUGGUUAGAUUCGUUCCUGAAGCCGCACUGCGCUUGCAACCCUCCGUACUUCGGUGACAAAUGUCACUUAAUAUCCGAUUGCAGCCAAAGGACUUGUAGGAACCAAGGAAUAUGUUUGAACAAUCGUUGUACCUGUCAAGUCGGUUGGUCUGGUGCAUUUUGCGAGAACGAAAUAACUGUCAAUAAUGCGAAAUUCAACGGCCACAGUUAUUUGAUAGUAAGAAAAGUUGGUGAGAAGAAAAGGGAAUUGAGGGAGGAUAUUACUAAAAUUUUUUUGAAUUUUACUACUGUCAGGCCCAAUGGAUUGCUUUUGUGGAACAAAAAGGCAAAGAACUAUCUAGGCCUGGGUAUUGAAAAUGGAUUUUUAAAAAUCGCCAUGUCAUCAGAAAAAAACAAACAGUCAAUUUAUGAAAUACCCUCCUAUACCCAAGUCUCUGACGGUCUGUGGCACAACGUGGAACUUCAGUUAGACCCUUUGGUUCUACAUUUGGACAACAAAACGUUCGAGAUCCAGAAGAAAUUGGAGAAGAGCUCCAAGUUUUAUGUAACCGGUAAUUUUUACAUUGGUGGGCUACCGAAUGUUACCAAUUUGGACGAGGUAACCAAUGGAUUGUUCCAGAAAAGUUUUGAAGGUUGCAUCGCUGCUUUUGGUACAAAUAUGGAUGUUAUUACUGAUUUUAGCCAUAUGGAAGGGUCGAAUAUAGACACGUGUCAUGUUUUAGCCACUUAAAUGAUAGCACCCAAAGAUGUUCUCAACUAUGUAAACUUCUAGUCUUGUGAAAAAUCCGAUUGACUGCGCCAGUUAUAAAUUUCCUUCAGACGUAAAUAUAUAAUUUAUUGAGGAGAGGUUUGCAUGGUGUUUUUCGUAAUUAGAAAAUUAGUUUGUUACAGAAUGCCACAAAGAUUUUUAUAAAACGUUAAUCAAGGAUAAUGAAGCUAG